AUGUGUUUUGUCUUCACGUGCUGCGGUUGGAUAGUUGAUCUCGUCCAGAGGAUGUGGACCUUCACAAUGUCAUGCUUCAUCAGCUCAGCAGUCGGCUGCGUGAUGUUGACGUCAUCCAUGUCAGGCAUUGCUCUCGGAUACAAUUACUCAUUGGCUGAGUUUAUGGAGUUGAAAGACACGAACGUGUCGGUGUACCUGAAGCGAGGUGUGUUUGACGACGAGAUAGCUGAUGACAUGGACUGGCGGCGCAGCGGACGCAAGCCCGUCGCCGGACACAUCGGCGAGAAUGACCUGAGGACGGGAGCACCCGCGGACGACGACGAUGCCAGCACUUUACGCUCUGGCCGAAGACUGGACGAUUCUAUAUUCGAAUCCGAUCAGAAUAGUUUCGAGGGUGCCCUGAUGAAGCUCACAGCUAAGCCGCCAUACCAGAGUACUGACCCACCACUGAUUACCGAAGAUAUGGAGAUGGUAGAAGCUGCUACAAGUCAUCCGUCAGGUUCUUUAGAUCAGAUGAAGGCAAUACAAAGUCUAAUUGACUCAAGAAGGGCAAUGGCUGCCUCAGUUGGAACAACUUACUCCCCCAUGGCGACUUAUGCAGCACUGGAUAACAGGCUACCAUUUCUCCCAGUCAACAACAAUCCUAAUGAACCUGGAAAUCCUGAUGCCCAAUACAGACGCGUGAUGAAUCCAAUGCAUGCCAUGAAACCACCAAACGUUAACCCCGCGCGGUAUGCCGUGCCUGAUGCUAACAUAGCCAGCGGAUACAACUGGGUCAUUCCGAAGAAACCGAUGCUAUUUCCCAAGUCUGGACUGCCAGAUUUUUACAUAUUGUCACCGACAUACCCAUCAGCUAUUACAGUGGCACCGCGAUUAGUAAGGCCUGGUAGUCCUGUCACGAAAGAAGACGAGGAAGAGGAACUCAAGGCAGAAGGCCCUGUCAUGUUUGCUACAAGAACAGGACCGCCACCGAUGGCCAAAACAUCUCAAACAUCAAAGCCCGCCAUACUUGAAAAGUUAGAGAAAGAAUCAGAAUCCUUUAAUGAGAGGUUUUUGCUAGAGGGUGAUGAACCAGGCAAAAACGAUUUCGCAAAGUUGCCGAAUUUCGGAAAAUCAUCGGAAGAAGAAUACGAAGAUGAAAUAAAAGGUCUCCCAGUUCGUAAACGCAGAAGUGUGAAAGAUAACUUUCAAAACGGUGACGAAACACAUUCUACAGAAAUAAAUACUCCAUUUGAUAAUGCAAGUGAGAAAAGCAAUCGUACCAAGUAUUUCUCAAAGAACAUAUUUACAGCAACCGCUUGGAUAACUGACAAUUUAAUUAAUAGCAAUAAUAACAGCUUUGCUAAGAACGAAAUCAAGAAUAUUGUUGAAGAUAAUUCAGAAAUCGAUAAUGACACAGCAACUGCCAGCAAUACUGACCAGCAUACUUAUAAUAAUGGACAACAUAUAAGUGCUGACUUUAAAAAUUUCCUCAGCCGUUUAAUCAAAAGUAUGGAAAACGAGAAAGACCCUGCUACAGAAACUACGCCUGAAGCUGAUUCGGUUACAGUUAAAAUGAAUGUGAAAAUAAGAAGGCUACCGUUUGAGAGUAGAAUAGUUUCCGGUAAAUAUGAACCAAAUAACGAACCGAUAAGGAUGAUUGAUUCAGAAGAAACGUUAAGUAACCAAGAAAUGCUAAAUAGUAUUAGUGUAAAUUUAAAUGAAGCAGGAUUGUUGAGAAACUCAGCGUCGUCAACUUUCGUGAAGUUAUUGCAAUCUUCGCUAACUUGA